ACAACAGACAUUCGGCAGCAAAACCCCAAAAACCUAACAAAACAAAAACAAAAAUAGUCAUUUCGAAUGUUUAUUUCGGUUGUUAUCGUAUUCAUUUCAAAAUGUGUUUGGCUAUUCAUAGCAGUAGUGGAAUCAUCAUCGAUUUCAACUUCAAAAUCAAUCGAUUUAGAUAAUUUUAAUGAAAUUAAUAGUAAUUUAAAUAAAAAUAAUGUUGAUAAACAACAAUUUGAUGAAACUGAUCCAAUAUAUUGGUAUGUACAAGCAUAUCGUAAUCUUCAACGACGACAAUAUUUAUUACCAUCAUCAUCAUCGAUAACAAAUCGACCAGCUAAAAAUGUAAUAUUAUUUCUUGGUGAUGGUAUGGGUAUCAGCACGAUUACUGCAUCAAGAAUAUUGAAAGGUCAACAACAACAACAACAUGGACAAUAUCAUCAUAGCAAUAAUGGUGAAGAAGCAAUGCUUGAAAUGGAUCUUUUUCCAUUUACAGCUUUGAUUAAGACUUAUAAUGUUGAUCAACAAAUACCGGAUUCGGCUGCAACGGCAACAGCAUUUUUAUCCGGUGUUAAAAAUAAUUUCAAUACAUUAGGUGUUUCAGCUAAAGUAAAGCGUAAUGAUCCGGAUUGUGAUUCUGUUCAUCGUAAUUCAAUUGAUUCAAUAUUUACCUGGGCAUUAAAUGCCGGAAAGGUGGCCGGUAUUGUAACAACAACACGUGUUACACAUGCAACACCAGCUGCUGCAUAUGCACAUAGCCAAAAUCGUAAAUGGGAAUCUAAUGUUGAUCAAACGAUUAUUAAUGGAACAUUUAGUGAAACGGAUUGUAAAGAUAUUGCUUUACAAUUGAUUGAAAAUGAUCCGGGUAAAAGAUUAAGUGUUAUACUUGGUGGUGGCCGAAAAGGUUUUCUACCCGAAACGGUUAAAGAUCCACGUGGAAUUAAUGGUGAUCCAAAUGGAAAAUAUGGUGAACGAAAAGAUGGACGAAAUUUAAUUCUAGAAUGGUUACAAAAUCAACAUUAUUCGGGAUUAAAUGAAUCAGAAUAUGCAUAUGUUAAUAGUAGUCGUGGUUUACAUCAAUUAGAUUAUUCAAAAAUGAAAUCAUUAUUUGGUUUAUUUAAUUAUUCACAUAUGGAAUUUGAUCGUUUACGUGAUCAAAGUAUUGAUGGUGAACCAUCAUUAUCCGAAAUGACUGAAGCAGCUAUAAAAAUUCUAUCUAAACAUGAUAAAGGUUUUGUUUUAUUAGUUGAAGGUGGUCUUAUAGAUCAAGCACAUCAUCGUGGUUAUGCAUCAUUAUCAUUACAUGAAGUUUUAGAAUUUGAUCGCGCUAUUCGUCGUGCAAGAAAAUUAUUAUCCAAACAACAAGAUGAUACAUUAUUUUUAGUUACUGCUGAUCAUUCACAACCAUUAGUUAUUAAUGGUUAUUCACAACGUGGUAAUCCAAUUAAUGGUUUAUCUCGUCGUAAAGAUGGUAAUCAAUUACCAUUUACAACAUUAUCAUAUACAAGUGGUCCUGGAUUUCAAACACUGCAACAACGUUCAAAUAUUACAAAUAUGGCUUUGGAACAAGCUGCACUUGAUCUUAAAUAUCGUUUUCAUUCGGCUUUUUUAACAAAAAAAUCACACCAUUCAGGUGAAGAUGUUGCUAUAUUUAGUAAUGGACCAAUGUCAUAUUUAUUUGGUGGUACAUUAGAACAAUCAUUUAUUGCACAUGCAAUUGGUUUUGCUACCUGUAUUGGGCCAUAUGAAAAAGAAAUUCAUUGUAGACAAUCAUUAAGAUCAAAAUUAUUAUCAUUAUCAUCAUCGACAUCGACAUCGACAUCGAAAACAGGAAGAAUAUCGAAUGCAGCAUUGGCAAUCAUAAUGGAUACACCUGAAAUGUUAAUCAUAUUUUUUAUUAUUGCUGGUCUAAUAUUUUUCAUUACAAUAUUGAUAAUUGUUCGUAUUCUAUGGGUUUAGUUUGAUGAUAAAAAAGUUGAAUCCAUUCUUGGUAUAAUUUCAAAAAAUAGUAACCAGGAUAUAUAGCAAGAUUCAACCAACCAAACAACCACCACCAUCAUUGAAACACAACAAAAUAAUCAAUUGCAAUAUACAAUACAACUGAACUAACUAACCAACUGGUCGUCUGCAUGAUGAACAUUUUUUUUCCACCCACCACCA